GUGAUAUUUCUCCAUGGUCUUGGUGACACUGGUCAUGGCUGGGCAAGUGCAAUGGCUGCCAUUGGCUCACCUCACAUCAAAUUCAUAUGUCCCACAGCACCGGUGAUGCCUGUAACUCUAAACAAUGGAUUUCGGAUGCCCUCUUGGUUUGACUUGAAGUCCCUUGAUGUUGAUGGUCCUGAAGACAGUGAUGGCAUCAAGAAGGCUCGCGAUGGGAUCCACCAGCUGAUUGAAGAGGAAGUAAAGGCUGGCAUCCCUCAUGAGAGAAUCAUGCUGGGAGGAUUCAGCCAGGGUGGAGCUCUGGCUCUUUACUCCACCUUCACACACAGUCGUACUUUGGCUGGUGUCAUAGGGCUAUCUUGCUGGCUUCCAUUACGGGAGGAAUUUCCUCAGGCUGCCAUUAGCAACACAGGGUCUCCAAUUUUGCAGUGCCAUGGUGACUGUGAUCCCAUUGUACCAUACAAAUUUGGACAGAUAACAAGCCAACUGAUUAAGAAGUUUGCUGGAAAUAUUGAAUUUAAGACCUACCGUGGAAUGAUGCAUUCCUCCUGUGAUGAGGAGAUGGCAGACAUCAAGAAGUUCAUCACUCAAAAUCUUCCUUCGGCAUAGAAGUUGAAUGUGUACCAGCUAUGAAUUUUUUGAAAAGUGAUGUUGACUCCAGUGGUACAUGAAACUUUCAGAGAUCUUUGAAUCAUGGGGGUAUUACAGAUUUCAACUUGACAAGAUUGCAUUUUGAGUGGUAUUGAUGCAAGAAAAGUCCAUUUAUUGCAAUCAUUGGACAUGUUUAUGCUCCUCAGUAAUGUAAUAUUGAUUCACUCCAUCAAGACAAAAUGUGAAAAGUUACGAUAGUUUCCAGUAUUGUUAACUUUAGAUCCUUUUCAAAAGUUGUUAGUGUAACAUAGAAAGAAAAUAAAUCCCUGAACCAGCUUAAAGUUACUAAAUUUUCAUACUUGAUAUGAUUAUCUAAGUUAUAUCUGUCCUUUUUACUGUAUUAUUGAGUUCUAUUUCUUCCCUAACUUAAAUUUUCUUUUACUAGUAUUGUUAAUGCAGGGUUACUACACACAUUCCUAAACCUGCUUGAUAAGGACAACGGUUUUGAAAGAUGCCCAGAUUUGAAUUCAACUUUGGAAGUACUGAUUGAAUAUGAUUAUUAUUAAAAAAAGGUAUUUUUAUUAUCAUCAUUAUUAUUUUUAUUAUUAUUGUUGUUAUCGUUAUUAUUAUUAUUAUUAUUAUGGAUAUUAUUAUAGGUAGUAAUAUUUAUUAUUUAUUAUUAUUGUUAUUAUUAUUAUUUUUAUUGUUAUUAUUUUUGUUAUCAUCAUUAUUAUUGUUACUAUUAUUUUUUUUAUUAUCAUUGUUACUAUUAUUAUUAUUUUUUUUUUUUAUUGUUAUUAUUAUUAUUAUUAUUAUUAUUAUUAUUAUUAUUGAUUAUUAUUGAUGAUUAUUAUCAUGACUAGCACUACUACUAGUACAUCUAGUAUUACAAAUAAUACUACUGUUAUUACUACAACUAGUACUACUACUACUACUGCUACUAUUAUUUUUAUCAUCACCACCAACAACCUUACCAUCAUUAUGGUUAUUAUUUAUCAUGUGUUAUUAUUAUUGUUAUUUGUCUAAAGGAACAUGUGAAUAUCUAUGUAAGUGUUA